GUAUUUUUUAACCAAAUAAUUAUUAAUCUGUUAUUUUAAUAAUAAAUUUAUAAGUUGUGUUAUACCGCAUAUUGGUGAUUGUUGUUUGAAAAGGAAUUGAUUUGAAAUAUUAUUACAAACUGUGUAGAUUAAGUACGCGUCAGCCUUGAAGCUUCCUUUAUAAGCCGAGGAGAAACUUUCAGUCAACAGUGGUCUCUGAAUGUUCACCAAGACACUCCAACAUACAGAAAUGAACUCGGAAACAAUUGACUUGACUCUGCGAGUUGAAGAAGAACCAUCAUCAGCCGCUUCUUCUAAAAAAUUACCUAAACUGCCAACUACUACUUUUAUCAACAAACAUUAUCAACAUCAUCAACAGCAGCUGCAGCAGCAGCCGCACCAACAACCGCAACAACAACCGCAACAACCUCAACAACAACAACAGCAGCAACAAGGACAGACUCCUACUACAUCAAAUACUGAUAGAUAAUGGAUUCAUCUUUUAGUCAAGCUAUGGAAAUAGACAGUGACUAUGAAAUGGAAGUAGAUCAAGAGGAGGAGGAGGAGAAUUCGUCUUCAUCAUCAUCAUCAUCGUCAUCAGAAUUGUUUACUACUGACAAUAACGAUACGUUAAAUUUUCCAAAUUUAAAACUAAAAAAAGAUCGAUUAGAUUUAGUUUGU